UAGCUUCCUAUAUAACCCCCGUGUGUCCCUUAAUUUCACUGUCCAACCCACUCUCUUUGCCCUAUACAAAUCUCAACCAAUUCCUACUCCAAGAAAUGGCUGAGUAUAGGAUGCUUGGAGUGUUACUGGUAGUCUUGAUGUUGGUUAAUAAUGUGAGUUGUGCUCCUGAAGUCCCUUGUUACUUCAUCUUUGGUGAUUCGUUGGUUGAUAAUGGCAAUAACAACAAUAUGGCGUCGUUGGCUCGGGCCAACUAUGCCCCUUACGGUAUUGAUUUCCCCGAUGGACCAACCGGGAGAUUCUGCAAUGGAUUGACUACAGUUGAUGUCGUAGCUCAACUUUUGGGAUUUGAGAGCUUCAUUCCACCAUAUGCAAGCGCGAGCGGAGAUCAACUUCUCACCGGUGUGAACUUUGCAUCUGCUGCUGCAGGAAUAAGAGAUGAAACUGGGCAACAGUUGGGGGGAAGAAUAAGCUUUGGUGGGCAGGUGCAGAACUAUGUACAAGCAUCACAGCAAAUAGUGAACAUGCUGGGAGAUGAAGACUCUGCUGCCGAUCAUCUCAGCCAAUGCAUAUUUUCAUUAGGCUUGGGCAGCAAUGACUACCUCAACAAUUACUUCAUGCCCAACUACUACUCAUCCAGUAGCCAAUACUCUCCUGAACAAUGGGCUGAUAUUCUCAUUAACCAGUACUCUCAGCAAAUUAGGACUCUUUACAACUAUGGAGCUCGAAAGGUGGCCAUUAUCGGUGUUGGUCAAGUUGGCUGCAGUCCGAAUGAGCUAGCUCAGUUGAGCAACAACGGUGUAACUUGCAUCGAUAAGAUCAAUGAGGCUUGUGAAAUGUUCAAUCAGAGACUGAAACAGAUGGUUGAUCAGUUUAAUCAGCUGGAUGGAGCUCACUUCACCUACAUUAAUGCUUAUGGGAUUUUUCAGGAUAUCCUCAGGAACUCUGCAGCAAAUGGAUUAGAAGUUACGAACAAGGGGUGCUGUGGGGUUGGGAGAAACAAUGGACAGAUCACUUGUUUGCCUUAUCAAACACCUUGCCAGAAUAGGAACCAGUAUUUGUUCUGGGAUGCCUUUCACCCAAGUGAAGCUUUCAACAUUCUCAUCGGUAGGCGAACUUAUAGCGCACAAUCUUCAUCUGAUGCUUAUCCUAUGGAUGUUCGUCGACUUGCCCAGAUUUGAUUCGGUUGCAGAACUCUGCCAUAAGUAUUGAAUUGUACAAGAGGAUUUUCCUAUUAGAAUUAUCACAGUUACAUGGUUAAGUACCAAAUUUAUCGUGUGAAGAUUUCUGAAAUUUAUUGAUAUUGUUACUGUAAGACCUGAGGUUGAUGCUAAUUUUUGUGUAAUUUGAUAAUUGAAUUUGAUAUAAGAUGGUUCAUGGUGUCUGAUA